AUGACACCGGUACAGCUUCAAUAUCAAUCUUUGUGGUUCAAUGGUCCGUUGUGGUUGCGUCAAGAUCAUGCUACUUGGCCGAAUUCAUCAGAAACACAACUUGAUUUAGAUAAAUCACUGUUAGAGGAGAGAACAUCAGCUCUUCCCGUUCGAGUAAUGACCGCUUGUGAAAUUUUCACGUUACGUUCGUCGCUGCCAGAACUCAUCAGAUUGGUUGGCUGGUUACGUCGCUUCAUGUACAACUCGGCAAAAAGAAAUCGCGAGAACCUACGCACAGGUGACUUGUCCUCGAUUGAAUACAAUGAAGCAGAAAAUGCGCUCGUACGUGUAUCUCAGCAUGAGAGUUUUCCAGAAGAAAUUUCGGCCCUUUCCAAGGGAAAACCACUAAAGUCGUCUUCAAUAAUAUUGUCGACAAACCCCCGCCUGACGGAUGGUAUACUUCGUGUUGGCGGCCGGUUAAGUCACGCACCCGUGUCAGAGACCCGUAGGCAUCCCAUAAUUUUACAUCAUCAACAUCCGCUAACGAAGCUAGUACUUGAGCACUAUCACCGUAAACAUUUUCACGCUGGGCAGCAGUUGUUGAUAGCUACAGUACGCGAGAAAUUUUGGCCCCUUCGUAUUCGCAGUCUCGCUCGCCAGGUAAUUCAUCGCUGUAUCUCCUGUUACCGAAGCAAACCAACGAAUCACGAACAGUUAAUGGCCGAUUUACCAUCGGUACGUGUAACACCUGGAGCAGUAUUUUCGUCGGUUGGACUAGACUUCUACGGUCCAUUUCAAAUUAAAUACCCAGGUCGUAAAGGAAUUCCAAUCAAAACCUUCGUAUGCAUUUUUGUCUGUCUAGUGACCAAGGCAGUGCACAUGGAAGUUGUGGCAGAUUUAUCUACACAAGCAUUUAUAGCUGCCUUGAAACGAUUCGUUGCGAUUCGUGGGAAGCCCCAUAUCAUCAUGUGCGAUAAUGCUACCAAUUUCAUUGGAGCAAACAGAGAACUCGAAAAAUUACGGUCACAGCUUAGCGAACAGCAGUUCCAGUACACCACUAGCAAGUUUGCUGAAGAGGAAGGAAUUGAUUUCAAGUUCAUCCCGCCUCGCCCCCCCAAUUUUGGAGGACUAUGGGAGGCGGCCGUUAAGUCCUUCAAGACCCAUUUUCGUAAAACCAUCGGAAUCCAAACACUAACGUACGAUGAGCUACACACCGUGGUUCAGCAAAUUUCAGCCAUCCUCAAUUCUAGACCGUUGACACCACUGAGCACUGAUCCGAACGAUUUUUCGGUGCUAACCCCAGGUCAUUUCCUGAUAGGCAGACCACUCACGGCAAUUCCGGAGCCAGAUUUGCAAGAAAUACCAGAAAAUCGUUUAUCGCACUGGCAACAAACGCAAGCCUUCGUACAGCAACUGUGGCGAAAAUGGAAAUCACAAUACCUCUCCGAUUUGCACAACAGAACUAAAUGGACUCAAAGACGUGACAACAUUAAGGUUGGAACCAUGGUCCUGGUUAAAGAGGACAAUUCACCUCCUCAGAAGUGGCGGUUGGGAAGAAUAGUCAACAUAUUCUCGGGCCAAGAUGGAAACAUUCGGGUGGUAGCCGUCCGGACUAAAGAUGGUGUCUUCACAAGAGGCAUCUCGAAGAUUUGCAUCCUCCCUAUUCGGGAUAACGAUAUGUCCCACACAGAAGAGCGUUAG